CGCAGCUGAGUGGCGAGUGCUGAAAGCUCCGCACCGCUUUCCAUCUCUUCCUUCCGCACUGCGAUUCCGUUAGGAGACGGUCCUCUUUGGCGGACACGUACUAGCCCACCUGGACAGAGGUUUUCAUCAGGACACGGAAACGUGUUAAAAGGAGUCUCGUGCAAACGACAAAUGCACGAGACCCGAGGCCGGUGCCCCCAGACCCGACGGGGAGGGAGACAAGCAGAGCAGUGAUGGGACAGUUCUCGGGAGGAUGCUACCUGAGUUUUUUCAUCUUUGUGCUUCUUGGUUCGCAGGCGCCGACCACAUUAGCGAGAGGUCAACGAGGUGAAGCCCUCCAGCAUGGACAAUCUGGGACCCUGCCUCACUUCCUGGAGGAGCCUGUCGAUGCCUACAUUGUCAAAAGUAAUCCCAUCAAGCUCCGGUGUCAAGCUCGGCCUGCGCUCCAGAUCUUCUUCAAGUGCAAUGGUGAAUGGGUCCACCAGAGCCAGCACAUGUCUCAAGAGCACACUGACCUCACAACAGGGUUGAAGAUCCGUGAAGUGAUGAUCAACGUGUCGCGUCAGCAGGUGGAGGACUUUCAUGGCCCAGAGGACUACUGGUGUUUGUGUGUCGCCUGGAGUCACCUGGGAACUUCCAAGAGCCGCAAGGCAACAGUCCGGAUUGCCUACCUGCGGAAGAACUUUGAGCAGGACCCCCAAGGCACCGAGGUGCCUCUGAAUGGCAUGAUUGUGUUGCAUUGUCGUCCCCCAGAGGGAGUGCCUGUGGCUGAGGUGGAUUGGCUGAAAAAUGAGGAAAACCUGAGCUUUGAUGAUGGUAAUAUCAUGGAGAAAAAAGGUGACCACAACCUGAUCAUCUCAGAGGCCCGGCUGUCUGACUCUGGAAACUACACCUGUGUUGCCAGCAACAUUGUGGCCAAGCGACGCAGUGCCACUGCUACUGUUAUAGUCUAUGUGAAUGGUGGCUGGUCAUCCUGGACGGACUGGUCUCCCUGUAACGUGCGCUGCGGUCGAGGUGUGCAAAAACGCUCUCGCACUUGCACAAAUCCAGCGCCUCUCAAUGGUGGAGCCUUCUGUGAGGGCAUGUCAGUUCAGAAGAGUACCUGCAACACAGUGUGUCCAGUGGAUGGCGGCUGGGGAGAGUGGAGUGAGUGGUCAACGUGUAGUUCGGACUGCGAGAGGCAGCGCAGCAGAGAGUGUACUGCUCCGGAGCCCAAGCAUGGGGGGCGACUGUGUGACGGGGUGGCAGUGGCUACAGAAAACUGCACAGGCGGCCUCUGUACACAGAAUCGGAAGUUGCUGCAUGAUGCCAAGCCACAAGGUGUGGAGAACAGCAGUGACGUUGCCCUGUAUUCAGGCCUGGCUGCAGGGGUGGUGACAGUUGUACUGCUCAUCGUCGCUGUCACUCUUUACCGAAGGAGCCAGAGUGAGUACGGUGUGGAUGUCAUUGACUCAUCCGCCCUUACCGGAGGCUUUCAGUCCUUCAGCUUCAAGACCUCUCGUCAAGCAAAUCCUCUGCUUAUUAAUUCAUCCAUGCAACCUGAUCUGACAGUGUCACGUACCUACACCAGCCCCAUGUGUUUUCAGGACUCCAUUGACAAGGAGCUAAUGGCUGAGCGCUCACUCCUUGACCCGUUGCCUGAUCUUAAGGUUAAAGGGGUGACGGAAAGGGCAGAGUACCACGUCAUGUCCCACCCUCAGACAUUUCCAAGGGGACUGGCUCCAGACUAUAGAGGGGUUGCAGUGGGGACAACACUGGGCAGAAGAGGCAAAAACCUUUUCAGUCCACACGUCUCUCUGACUCCCCGCCUGCCUCUGCACAGAGCAACUGCAGUGUUUGGCCAUGCUGGAGGCAGGCUCGUGGUACCCAACACAGGUAUCAGCCUGCUGGUGCCUCACGGGGGGAUUGCAGAAGACACUACCUGGGAGAUGUACAUGAGCAUCAACCAGGAGGACAGCAGUACCGUGUCCGACGAUGGGUCAGAGAUCUUUUUGAGCCCUGCAGUGACAUACGGCCCACCAGGCCUUGACCUCUCCUAUCCAAUAGCCAUGACCAUAGCCCAUUGUGCAGAAGUUGCUGCUGAUAAUUGGACCAUCCGCCUAAAGAGACACAUCCAAGACAACAAGUGGGAGGAAGUGAUGUCUGUAGACGAGGAGAGCACCUCCUGUUACUGUCUGCUGGAGGCCCAGAAGUGCCAUGUGCUGUUGGAGCAUCCAGGUCGCUACGCUCUGGUGGGGGAGCCGCUGAAUCAGGAGGCAGGCAAGCGUCUGAGGCUGGCUGUGUUUGGUAGUCCGGAUGCCAGCAACUCUCUGGGCUUCACCCUCAGGGUUUACUGUGUGGACGACACACCCCAUGCAUUUCAGGAGGUGGCAGUGGGCGAGCGCAGCAGGGGCGGGCGGCUGCUGGAGGAGCCUAAAAUGAUGCUGUUUAAGGCGAACACUUUCAGCCUCCAGGUAUCCAUCCAGGAUGUCCCACAGUUGCUCUGGAGCAUCAAGCCUUUCACCACCUGCCAGGAGUUCUCCUUUUCUCAGGUGUGGGCCAGUAACCAGCAUCCCCUGCAGUGUGCCUUCACUUUGGAGCGAUACAGCCACUCCUCGUCACAGCUCUCCUGCAAGAUCAGCAUCCGACAGGUCACGGGCAAGGAGCAGAUACUACAGGUCUACACGUCUGUAGUGGAGAAUGAAAAGGGAGUGGUUCCCUUUUUCACGCAGUCGGACUGUACCAUCACCUCGCAGACAGGGUCAAGGGCCUUUAAAAUCCCCCUGUCCAUCCGUCAGCGGAUCAGCACCACCUUUGACACCGCAAAUGCCAACGGGAAGGACUGGCAGCUCCUGGCUCAAAAGCUCCACAUAGACAGGAACUUGUGCUACUUUGCAUGUCAGGAGAGCCCGUCAUCAGUGAUUCUGACUCUAUGGGAAGCCCAGCACCCGGAUUCUGGGGACCUGGACUCUCUGGCCAGUGCCCUGGAAGAAAUCAGCAAGGUUCAUUCCCCUAAGGCGGUCUCUCUCAGCUGCAGCAAAGAGGAACGGGACUCUGAAUUCACAAAACUGGCGUAGAGUGGCUGUACGAAAAUGAUGAAAUGAUGAAAAUGAUGAACCUUUACUGCAUGAACAUUUAUGUUCAGGUGUAGUAACUAACCUACAGUGAGGUGAAGGAGAUGCACAGAGGCCAGCAGGGCAACUAAAUUUUUGACUGUUACUAAAGGAACACCUCUGUUAAACCAAAUGAACCAUAGAGGCAGAAGGAAAUCAGGAAAUGACCAAGAGAUGUGUUAUUAGGAGGCACCAACAAACUUUGGAAAGGCAUCUCAAAUUGACACACAAACACACACACAUUCAUCUUUCAUUGAGAAAUGUCAACUCCUGAUACUUCUGAAGACCAAUUUGAUACCCUGUGUUAAAGGAUUACAGAAGCCUGUGAAAAGAAGACAAAGUGUGUUUUAAGGAAGCUGCCAAUCAGGUUGGUGCCGUGACCUCCCAGGAUUGGAUGUGCCGGUACUUGCCCUCAAACAGUCUUCUGGGCUGUCAAAAUGUUUAGUGUAAUGCCAUAUUUUCUUUAUGUCACUGACACCUCAUGCUUUUUUUUUCUUUUCUGCACAUAUUUCUGCUGAAGCUUUUUAAAAACACAAAGAAAAAAUGAAUAUUGGCUCUUUAUUUUGUCAGAACAUCUUAUUCCACAGUGAUCAGUAUAUAAAAGGACCUGGAGUCCACAUGCUAAGGAGAUGGAGAUUUAUGAGAAAUUACUUUUUAAAUGCCUUUGAGAGUCAUUUUACACACUUUUUUCAGCUCAACAGACAGACUCCACUGUCAAAGCACCGACAGCAGAGGAGGGUAACUCACCCACCACUGAUCUGUGCCUCAUAUAGCAAUGCAGCCAGAGGUCCAUCCCUGAGCGUCUCUCUUCUUAAUUUGGAGGAAAAUUACAUUUUACUGUGAGUGACCUCAUAGCAGGCAGACAGUGGGGACAGAAGUGUGUAAAACAAAAACAAAAAAAAAAGAUUUCUGGAGCAUGGAGAUGAUCAAAUACCAGGAAAUGGUUAUACAGAGACACUUUGCCAUCUCUUACUCCCAAUACUUCUGUACGAUCUUCCCAAGCAGAGGCAGCAUCCACUCAAAAAAGAAGAUAAAAAAAAGAUACCCUGAUCAGGAAGCUCCCACAUUCGGUUGCUCCAGCUGCCCCCUCAACUUAAUAAAGUGACUUUGUGUUGAA